AUUCCAUCUUUCUCUAGCUCUCCCUUAAGAUAACAUGGAAACUUCACAAAACAGCAAUCUCCAAAACCCUAAACCCACAAAGCCAUUGCAUCAUCUCCAAGAAGAGGAAGAAGAAGAAAAAGAAGAAGCACUCUCUCUCCGAGAUCUUCCCCUCGACACUGAGGAAAACGAUUCCACCGCCACCUCAACCACCACCGAAGACCACCGUGAACCUUCGACGGAUCUUUUUGAGUUCCUCACCUCAACCUCCUACGAGGUUUCUCCGGCAGAAAACAUAAUCUUUUGCGGCAAAAUCAUCCCUUUAAACUACCAAAAUGCCCUCUUUUCUCCUCCCGAACACAUCAGCCCUAGAAUUCGCGCAAGAUCCGAGUCCUUAUCUGCCAUACAAGGCAACAAGCUUAACCAUCCCGUGGCACGUGACAAUGCCGGACUCAUGAGGACAAGCCGUUCUUUAGAUUAUCGAAAGCUCAAUCGUGGUCCAACCACCGUACAUUCUCCGCCGGAGAAUACUUCUCCGGCAAAAAGUACGGCGAAGCCUGAAACGGUAUCGUCUGGAAGUGUAAAAAGUGUAAGACCGAAAUGGUACGUGAUCAUGUUUGGAAUGGUUAAGUUUCCACCGGAGAUCGAACUAAAGGAUAUAAAAAGCCGUCAGAUUCGCCGGAAUAUUCCACCGGUUAUGUUUCCGUCUCCUGCUGACCGGAGAUCUCGAUCACCGUCAUCGUCUCCUUCUUGGAGGUUUCUCAGUGCCUUAAGUUGCAAGGAGCCCACAAGCGUCGCUGCAACGGCACCAGCUUGGGUGCCUCAUGCGUAAAUUUACUAUAUUGUCCCUAAAAAGCAAGUAACAUUGUGCGUGGUUGUUUGCUUUGUUGUUGACUGAGAAGGAUAGACUCGUCAAUCUAUUAUAAAUAUCGGCACUGUAAUUUAUUUUGUGAAAGAAUGUCGAUAUUGUAAUUUAUUUGGUGAAACAAUAUCGAUAAUCGUUUGGACCAUAACCUUUUUGGCUUUUCCUUAAUGUUAUAUGGUUUUGUUUUGGUA